AGACUUAUCAGAAACCUGAUAAAAGGGCACAACUUGAGAGUACCCAGAAAAUCAUCGUUUGUUUGUGUUAUUUCCCAGUUUAAGGUGGUAAUGGCGAAGAAAGAGAUGGAAGCUGUGAGAGGUUUGGACUUGAAAAGGUACAUGGGUCGAUGGUACGAGAUUGCUUCAUUCCCUUCGUUUUUUCAGCCAAAGAAUGGUGUGAACACCAGAGCCACAUAUACCCUUAACAACGAUGGUACUGUGAAUGUGCUGAACGAGACUUGGUCUAAUGGAAAGAGAGACUCCAUAGAAGGUACUGCUUACAAGGCAGACCCAAAAUCUGAUGAAGCAAAGUUAAAGGUAAAAUUUUAUGUUCCACCUUUCUUGCCGAUCAUCCCUGUCGUUGGGAACUACUGGGUCCUCUACAUUGAUGACGAUUAUCAGUAUGCUUUGAUCGGCGAACCGACCAGGAAAUAUCUUUGGAUUUUAUGCAGGCAAACCCAUUUGGAUGAAGAGAGCUACAAUUUUCUUGUUGAGAAAGCGAAGGAGGAAGGAUAUGAUGUGAGCAAACUCCAGAAGACUCCACAGAGUGAUCCGCCACCAGAGGCGGAAGAAGGAUCCCAAGACACCAAAGGCAUUUGGUGGUUCAAAUCCCUUUUUGGCAAAUAGAGUUUAUUUAUAGAAUAAUGGUAUUUUAAUAACUUUUCUUUAAUAAAUUUUUUAACAACAGGAUAUGUCACUAUUUUAUUGAUCUGUUUGAAUUUAUUCUAAAUAAAUAUUUAAAAUGGACCAA